AUGGGGUACCAGCUGCUUUGCAUCGGCUGCGUGGCAGCUGUUAUAUAUCUCGCCAUUCGAACCAUCUAUCGUCUCUAUCUUCAUCCCCUCAGUAAAUUUCCCGGACCGAGGUUGACUGCCAUUACACACCUGUAUGAGUUUUAUUACGAUGCGGUUAAAGGGGGGAAGUUCAUGUGGGAGGUUGAGAGGAUGCAUGAGCAAUAUGGCCCCAUAGUCCGAAUCAACCCGCGCGAGCUACACAUUAAAGACCCCCAUUUCUUCGACCGAAUCUACACCAGCAAAAGGCAAGAAAAGGACAAGUACAUGGUGCGAAUCUUCGCGAGUCCGCUCUCCGCCGCCGCAACAGUCGACCAUGACCUUCACCGAAUGCGUCGUGAGCUGGUGAAUCCCUUCUUUUCAAAGCGAUCAGUCAUGGCGCUGGAGCAUCUGGUGCAGGAUAAAAUUGAAAAGGCCGCGUCACGUCUUGAGCAGGCUCACAAGGACGGCACGGUGGUGUCCGUGGAUGGGCUUUUCGCCGCGUUGACGGCCGACGUGAUCUCGCAUUAUACAUUUGGAGAAACAAUGAGAAUUCUGGACACCAACGACCUGCGAAAUGACUUUCGAGAGGCGGUGGUUGGGGCGGGUGAGAUGUGUCAUCUGGGACGGUUUUUCGGAUUUUUCCAAUCGAUUCUGGAAUACGCGCCUGAUCUUAUUGAGCGCGUUCAGCCAAGCGCGAAGGGAUUGUUUGAUUCCAAGCGUAUGCUCGCAAAUAGGGCCGAGGCGACGAUGAAGGGUGAUUUUGGAGAAAGUGCCGGCGGGAUGAGGACAAUCUUUGACUCGCUCUUGGAUAAGUCGGUUCCUGAAUCCGAGAGAGCAAUAGCGAGGGUACGCGAUGAAGCGAUGACGGUGCUUGCUGCAGGUACGGAGACAACGGCAAGAGUGCUCGCCGUGGGUACAUUUCAUCUAUACCGUGAUAGAGAGAUGAUGAUCUGGCUGCGAGAGGAGGUGAGGCAGGUGAUGCCUGAACCGACUAGCAGUGUUCCAUUGUCGCAGCUGGAAAAGCUACCAUACCUGACGGCCGUGAUCAACGAGUCCCUUCGCAUGUCGCAUAGCGUGUCCAUCCGACUACCACGUGUUGCGCCGACACCGAUCGAAUACAAAGACUAUACCAUUCCACCGGGAACACCCGUCAGCCAAAUCCUCUACUUCAUGCACACAGACCCCUCCAUCUUCCCCGAUCCACACACCUUCAACCCAUCCCGCUGGAUCAAUGCAUCCGACAAGGGCGAACGCCUGACUAAAUUCCUCGUCCCCUUCACCAAGGGUCCACGCAUCUGCGUGGGAAUGAAUUUGGCAUUCUCGGAACUAUACCAGAUGUUUGCGGUUCUUGUCCGUCGUUUCGAUCUGGAAAUAUACAAGACUACUCCUGAGAGUAUCCGUAUUACCCGCGAUUUGAUGAUUGGAUUGCCAGAUUCAGAUGCGCUGAGAGUGAAUGCGUUGGUUUCGGGUGUUGUCAGAGAUUAA